AUGCAAAGCCCAAAUUGCCGGACUAUGAGCGCAACCACAAUGAGCCCAAUAAAAGAGCACGAGAGCACAUCACUUUCACCAACUCCGCCUAGAGGCGCAUCCCCGCCUUCUUACAAUGAUGUGAGCGGCGCCGUUAUCAUAGACCAAGAUGGCAAGCCUCAAUUCCUAUCACCAGAGGAAGAGGUAGAACGACAACGUCAACUGCAGCAAGCGGUACGCGAGAAAAUGUUAGGGUUACCACGAACGACAAAGUUUGAAUGGCACCAAGGAACACCAGGAACAUCAGGAACAUUAGCCACAUCAGAAGCUGCAGAAACUACAGGAACUGUGAAAGAACUACAACUACCACCGUAUACACCCCGAGAUGAGAGGAAAUGA